GUCCUGGGAACCAAAUAUUGUUAGCUGAGAAGCUUAAAUUGGAUACCAGUUAAUUUAGACUCAGGAGUCUUCCGGAUAAACAGAUAUAAUAAGUUUAAUAGAAUGAAUAACCGGGUUAGUGAAGCCUUCGGAAUGGUCAGGAUGAGUUAGGACAUUAUAAUAUGGGAGUGAGUGAGAAUGUGCCAUUUGGAAAGCACAGGGUUGGUGAUUUCAGUGCAGGGUCCAAGACGAGGGGAAAAUCCUUAAUACACACAUGAGAGGAGCCUUAACAUACUCAAAUAAAGCAACCGGCUAGCUAGCUAGCAUGCUAACACUUUCCUUGCAAAUUCACCAAGAAAGGAACUCCUUGCAAAACUCCAACAGCCGCGCAUGGAGCCGGGGAGGUUGCGUGAGAAUCCCCCCGGUUCUGGUGAGCCCGAGGCCGGGGACUGGAGGGGAGAGACUCCCGGUGUAGAGGCAGAGGAAGAACGUAAACACAGCACUGUGGUCAGCAGCAAUGGCCCAGCAUCCGAGGCUGGGUGUGAAGAAGAGGAGGAUCAGUACAAAGACGAAGAACUGGACCCCAGAAUACAGGAGGAACUGGAGCAUCUCAACCAGGCGAGUGAGGAAAUAAACAGACUGGAGCUUCAGCUGGAUGAGGCACGGUCGAGCUACAGGAAAAUCCUCACCGAGUCGGCACGCAAACUUAACGCUCAGGGCUCCCAGCUUGGUGCGUGCAUAGAAAAAGCCCGGCCGUACUACGAAGCCCGUAGACUAGCAAAAGAGGCCCAACAGGAAACACAGAAGGCAGCACUGCGCUACGAGCGGGCCGUCUCCAUGCACACGGCUGCGAGGGAAAUGGUGUACGUGGCUGAGCAGGGCCUCCUGGCUGACAGGAACACGCUGGAUCCAACCUGGCAGGAGAUGCUCAAUCAUGCAACGUCCAAGGUGAACGAAGCCGAAGAGGAGCGUCUGCGGAGUGAGAAAGAACACCAGCGGGUCACACAGCUGUGUCAGGAGGCCGAGGCGCGAGUACAGACGCUACAGAAAGCUCUCAAGAGGGUCAUCAUCAAGUCUAAACCAUACUUUGAACUCAAGGCCCAGUUCAACCACAUCUUGGAGGAGCACAAGGCCAAGGUGGUCCAGCUGGAGGAGCGGGUGGUGAAAGUAAAGACGCGCUACUCCGUCGCUCUCCGAAACCUCGAACAAAUCAGCGAGCAGAUCCAUGCCCAGAGGGGGCGUGCUCAAGCAGCCAGGCAGCGAAACAGAGUCCACGGAGGGCGGAGCUCCCCGGUUGGGGCCGAGGCCGAGGGCAUCAUACAGGCAGCGGCUUAUGGGGGAGUAGGGAUGAGCCUCAUGGAUAACGAUUGGGCAGAUCAGGAGAAAACCAGGCAGUGGGUUGAGAAACACAGGGAGGAGGGAUGGGGCCAAAGGGCUGAGAGGGCAGGGUCAGACUCACUAUCUGUCAUCAGCCUGCAGACCAUCGCCUCUGAUCUGGAGAAGUGUGACUCUGUGGAGCACCUGGGCGACUUGAGCGAUGUCAGUAGUGUGUUCGGAGAGGAGAGGGAGGGGGAGCGAGAUAAAGAGGGAACGAGCGUACUCAGGCAGGGAAAAGAGAAGGAAACGGGGGCCUCAGGGACUGAACGACCUCAGAGGGAUCGGGAAAACUUCAUUAAGCAACACCACAGAAGUGUGAGCUUGUAAGAAGUACAGUUAUAACGUACCUUAAAACUAGAGGUCUGUGCCAUUGCUUCAGCCUUUCAUGCCAUCCUCUCUACUCUAUCAGAGGCAGUGUUACAAUUCUCGCGAUCUCAUAAAACGGCUUUUCAGUGCACUCACAGACAGAGAUGUAAUAGACAACGCAGCAUGAGUGAGAGGAAAGCGUGAAAGGCUGCAACGGAAGGCAUGGAAACGCUCUAUCAACUCCUCUAGGACUCCCGCUUGGCUGCAGCGGCUGAGAGAUAGAAGUCAUUUUUAGCCAGUAAUGAGCAAAAGAAAGGGAAUAAUAUAUAGGGAGAAACAUGUACUGUAAUGACUACUUGGCAUGGCGUCGUUUCUGUAAUGCUGCACAUAGAGCAGAGCGUAAUGUUACUUUUUUCUCCACAAUAAUGAAUAACAAUAAGGGACGAAUCCGAGGAGUCGACUCGCGUGUCCUCUGGGGUCUGCGGUUCUUCGCCGCUGAUACUCGCUCUCACUUCAGUCAUAGUGAGGAGUAAAGAAGAAGGGGAGGAGACGGGGCGAUGAAAGAAAAAGAGGGUGUAACUACAGUCUAACACACAGAUUGUAAAUAGAUCCCAGUACACAUCGUAGAUCAGGGGCUAAAAAUAGUAUCAGGUUGUUUGCGGUGUGAAGUAGAGAGAGAGAGAGAGAGAGAGAGAGACCGUGAUUUAUCACUUUGAGUUCUGCUGCUUUUAUGUCAGGCAUAUGCUGUAAUAUCCAUGCAGGCACUGGAAUCAGUUUGAGUUAAAAAAAAAAAAAAAAAGAAAAAAUAAAAGGCUGAAACCCAUGAAAAUGGAAUGAUGCGCUUUUGGAUUGACUGUGAAACGGUACGUCAGUGUUUAAGCCACAUUUCGGAAAGUGGAUCGGUGAAUGUUUAAAAGAAAGGAAGCUGUUCUCGAGUGCCUUUCUUCCACGUCUAGGCAGGUUCUUACUGAACGAGUGUUUCAUUUGAAAAUGCCAGUAUGCUGUCCUGAGGUACCGCCUUUGUAUUUCUAGAAUAUUGUGGCAUUUAUCUUAGUCCUGUGUAACACAUCUUACUGAAAAUAUUUGUCUUGGCAUAUUUAUUUUCGUUUACUCCAGUGUUAUAUAUUCGUGCUCUAAAACCUUUUCAAAAAGUAAUGGAUAAUAAAUAGGUGUUUACAAGUACGGUUUUGAAGAACCGAAGGUGCACUUAGGGAAAAUAACUCCUUCAUGCCGAUAUCUGUAAUAGGAUUGAUAAAAACAGGCAGUACUGUAUCGCUUGUACGUCUGUGUUACUCGCCUGAAUCCUGCUUUAUAUCCUUCUCUUCCUAUCACACUUCCUAACUACUCUCUUGUAGUUCGCUCACUGACCAGGUACGGCUCGUGAUGUCUCACAAGCUCUCCGUAUCUGACAUGACAGAACACUAAAGAGAAAUAUACUACUUAUCACCUGAUAAAUGUAUUAAUUCUGUAAAUGUUAAUUUAUUGAACUGCUGAGGAUAUUAAAACUUGAAUUUAACAUCUA